AUGCCCCAAACCAUAUCCCCAACAAAUACCGCCCCCCUCGCCAAAAAUGCCAAUCACCACGCCGACGUAAGCAUCACAACCCUAAUCCUCGAAAUUCAGAGCCUGUGCCAUGCGCGAGACCACAGCACCCUUUCUUCCUCUCCUUCGUCUUCACCAGACACAAACACCUUACAGGCCCUAAUUAGAAAAAAGUUGGACAGGCUGCAGCACCAUAUUCUCAAACGCGAAAUGCGAAAGCUCGAUGAGCAGUUGGACUAUGACCCGCUGUCUGAAACCCAACUGCAGCAGCAGCACAACAUAGAAACCGAUGACGAUGAUGGGGCUUUGCUGCCGGUGCCACUGAAAAUCGGGUCGAGGAGGGUACGAGCCAAGGAUGUUCAAAACAUUUUGAAUGUGAAUAAUAACGUCGAAGAUGCAAAUACGGAUCCCUUGGUGAGGUUAGAGAAGAAGGUGCUGGAAGUGCAAAUCUAUACUAGCAACUGA